GACGCCAUCCUUAUUUCUUUCAUUGAAAAAAUUUUUUACUUAUUUUCAUGGAUUAGCUUAUGUUCUCAAAGAUACGUAGAAGGCAAAGAAAACUUGAAGGGUGCUAUGCGUUUUUAUAAAUGUGGCGUUAGUUUUUAGAAAGAUUAUUGUAUGCCAUGCAGGAUGAAAGUGCUGUUUAGGAGAAAAAAUUUUAACGUGUUUCAUCAUUUUCGGUGUUUUAUAAGAUAAAUAAAUUGCUGAAUAAUGAUGAGCGAUACGUAUCCUGUUGAGAAUUCUGCGUCUCACCUAGUGCCUCUCAGUCAGGAAGUUCAAACUAUUAGCAAAGAGGCUUUGGAUAAUAUAAUUGGUAACAGCCCAUACUGGCAUGUUACAACAAAUCAGUGGAGCCAACAGGCUGUAGAAACAAUUACCACUAAUCUUGUAAAGCUCAACAAGCCUUACAAAUAUAUUGUAACCUGUGUGAUCAUGCAGACAAAUACUGGAGCAGGUCUCAGCGUAUCGAGCACUUGCUACUGGGACAAGGCAACCGACCUGUCAUUUACAGUUCGAUGGGAAAACAAAGCAGUUGUGACAAUUGUUAAUGUCUUUGCUGUCGCCAUAUGAUGGAGCCGAAUAUAUCGCAAAUGUCAUUAUAAUCAGUGUUCAUGAUAAUUUAUAUCAUUUAUAGCUAUUGUUUGUGUUAUCCGUAAAGCUAAGAACAUCGUAUUCUCAAAUUUUCAACGUUGUUCUAUAUUUUACGAACUUUUUUUAGUGAAGUAAUCUUUUCACUCUUUCCCGUAUCCCUUUUUUUCGUUGUUUCGGCGCCUUGUUAAGAUGUCCAUUUACUUUAUUCCUUGCUUUUAAGUAAGUUUCGACUUCAUACAUAUCUUCAACUUCUUUCAUCUUACGUUCCAUUAUUUUGUGGCGUAUAUUUCAGGAUUCUGUAUCAAGAAACAGGAAUAAUUCAAAAUUUUUGAAUGUGCUGCUUUGUGUGAUAUGAGGAGCAAUAUUUCAUCUUGUACCAAGUGUGAAAAUUUUGCUGCAUCUUUGUUAAUGGGUGUGGGAACGACAUGAACAAUAAUAAAGUUCUCAUAAAGGGAAGUAAUAAAUAUAAAGGAAAUUAUAAAAGGAAAUAUAAAGGAAAUAAAAA